UUUCAAUGUGCAGGCGACACUGGACGGGGGCUGAGAGCCUGGGUUCGAGAUGUGACUGAGCCGGAUCUGUCCUUCAACCACAUCCGGAUCAUUUACCCCACAGCUCCAGCUCGGCCGUACACCCCUAUGCGAGGGGCUCUGUCUACUGUCUGGUUUGACCGUCACAAGAUCUCGAGGGACUGCCACGAGGACCGAGAGUCCAUAGACGACAUGUGCAACUCUCUGGGGUUAAUCAUUCAGGGCGAGGUCAACGCUGGGAUCCCCAAACACAGGAUCGUCAUCGGUCUCCAGGUGAUGCAGACAGGCUGGACCAGAGAAUGA